AUGGUGGUGGUGGAGACUUGUAAUCGACUUUCGGGGAAGGAGAAUAGUACGAUGGAGGUGGUGGGGAACUGUAGACAUAUAGCGGUGGUGGAGACUUGUAUACGACCUUUGGGGAAGGAGAGUAGUAUGGUGGAGGUGGUGGGGAGCUGUAGACGUAUGGAGGUGGUGGAGACUUGUAGUAUACCUUGGGGGAUGGAGAGUAGUAUGGUGGAGGUGGUGGGGAGCUGUAGACGUAUGGCGGUGGUGGAGAUUUGUAUUCGACCUUUGGAGAAGGAGAGUAAUAUGGUGGAGGUGGUGGUGAGCUGUAAACGUAUGGCGGUGGUGGAGACUUGUAAUUUACCUUUGGGGAAGGAGAGUAAUAUGGCGGUGGUGGUGGAGAGCUGUAGACAUAUGGUGGUGGGGGAGACUUGUAGUCAAUUUUUGGAGAAGGAGAGUAGUAUGGUGGAGGUGGUGGGGAGCUGUAGACGUAUGGAGGUGGUGGAGA